AUGAGUGAAAACUACGUGGUCUGCCACAACUGCGACGGCGAGGGCGACGUCGCGCCGACCGAGCUCAGCGCGCGGCAGAAAAAGCGCCUCGCCCACACGGGCAAGGCGCCGCAGCGGCAGCCCUGCGUGACCUGCGCAGGCCGCGGCGUCGUACCUGGUAACAGCAGCCCGGGAGGACCACCCCAAGUCGCCAUAGUAGGCGGCGGCCUCGCCGGCUGCGCCGCGGCGUUGGCCCUCAAGCAGCGCGGCGUCGCCUGUGCUAUCUACGAGGGCGACAGCUCCCAAAACGAGCGGCCCCAGGGCUACGCGCUGACGCUGCAGCAGGGCUCGCGCGCGCUGCGGUCGUUGGGCGUCGUUGUGCGCGGCACGACGCCGACCGGGCACGCGUCCUUCGAUUCGACGGGACGCACGCUCGGCGCCUACGCGCCCACGCAAACUGGCCAGGGCCGAUCACAAAUGCGCAGCGCGAACGUCGUCUGCCCCCGGCGGAGGGUCCGCGACGCCGUCGCGGCCGGCCUCGACGUGACUUAUGGGAGGCGCUGCGUGUCGGUUGCUGACUGCGUCAUCACCUUCGAGGACGGGACGACGGAGGGGCCCUUCGAUGUGAUAAUAGGCGCCGACGGCGUGCGGAGCCGCGUCGCGCGCAACAAGCCCACGUACCUGGGCUACGUCGUGGCUCUAGGCAUCGCACCGGCGGAGGCCGUGCCUACGCAUUUACGAAGAGCGACGUGGCAGUGCCUCGACGGCGUCGCGAACCGCAUGUACUCCAUGCCCUUCGACGGCUGUACGGACGCGAGCACGGACGCCGCCGACGAUAUCAGGGAGACGUCCGACGGAGAUCGGGUCAUGUGGCAGUUCUCCUGGCGCGAGGCCGACGAAGGCGCCGCGCGGUUACUCGCGAAGGCCGGCGGCGUUACCAUUCGCGAGACCGUACAAGAGCGCUGCCGCGACUGGGCCUCAUAUGUGCCUCAUUUAGUAUCGGAAACGGCGCCCGAGGAUAUUGUCGCGUACGCGCUCGUCGACAUCGAUCAGGUGAGGUGCGUCGUCGACGACCGCACCGUGUUGAUAGGCGACGCGGCCCACGCGAUGUCGCCGUUCAAGGGCCAGGGCGCGAACCAGGCGUUGGUGGAUGGCGUCGAGCUCGCGCGGCGUUUGUAUAGGGUGCAGUCGUUGCGGCCUGUAUCAUCACCACCGCCGCGCGGAGCCUUAUCUGUCGAAGAGGCUCUGUUGGACUUCGAACGGGAAUGUAUCAUGAGAGUGACUCCGAAACUGAACAUGUCGCGGGCCAACGCGCAGCUGACGCAUUCCAUAUCGGCGCUGGCCGUGGCCGACGUGCCGCGGGCGGAGGCCGCGCGAGCCGCUCUCUCCGGGGCGUUGUGAUUUUAACCUGUGGAAGUUGUGUGUAAUUCUGCCCACCGCACCGUCCGCGAGCAAUCGAAUUUUGCUAGUGUGUUUACAAACCGCUAGCAUGCAGCUUAGCCUUUUUUGCGAUUUGGGCUCGCAGCGGUGCUCAUAACGUGUGGUUUCAUCGUCCACGGUGGUCGUCGGAUAAACGCAAACAACUGCCGAACGAGCAGCCAUACGCAUUUCAGCAGCACAAAGGAGGCCGCACAGCUCGCAACCAUGGGCCGCUCCGGCGGCGGCAACACGAAGGUGAUGGCGGCCAACGCCAAGAAGGCGGAAGCCCAAGCCGCCAAAGACGCACAGAAAGCAAAAGAGCAAGAAAAAAAGGACGCCGCGGCCUGGGCCGUCGGUUCCAACCAGCGCGGCGCGUCGAAGGCCCAAGCGGCGGCCGACAAGCAGGCCGAGAAGAUGCGGCGCGACGCCGAGAAGAAGGCAUUGGAGGCGGAGGAGGAUGCUGCCGCAUCAAAAGUUAUGAAGCCGAAGAAGAAGAAAAAAGAUAAAGACGACGUAAGUGCGUUACUCAUGGCCGGCUUGGACGGCGGCAAGAAGAUGAAAAAAGUCCCUGUCACGAAGUCUGCCGAGAAGGAGAAGUUGAGUGCGUUGCGGCUGGCCCAGGAGGAGGCGAUGCGGAAAAAAGGCGUGGUGCUGCAGAAUGACGAUUUACUGAGGGCGAACAAAAAUCGGCAGAUGGAAGAAGAAGGUAGCGCGACGGGUUUGGACAACGCCCUGAAUAUGUUGGGCAUGGAAGAGAAGGAGAAGUCGAAGAAUUUGAAGGUGCUCUUCAAC